AUGGUCAGCAACGGAACCAACGGCGAAAAGCCACACGGGCAGAAACUCGAUGCCUCGAAAUUCACCGAGUCCGUAGUGGCAUCGAUGGGAGAAAAGACGCCUGAACGACUGAGAGAGGUAAUCACAUCAUUGACUCGCCAUCUCCACGCCUUCAUUCUGGAAACCAAUCUCAACACCAAGGAAUUCAUGGCUGGUCUUGAACUCCUGAACUGGGCUGGCCGAAUGAGCGACGAAAAGCGCAACGAGGGCCUCCUUCUGUCGGAUAUUCUAGGGCUGGAAAGGCAAGCUAGCGAGAUGGAUGAUCUCGUCGACAGUGUGACCUCGCACCAACUGAGCAUGGACAACGUCACCACCACGUCCAGUGCCAUUCUCGGUCCCUUCUGGAGAAGUGACACUCCGCUGCGUGAGUUCGGGUCUACAAUGACCUUCGACACGCCCCCCGACGCCGAAGUUGCAUAUAUCCACGGCGUUGUCACUGACGCUGUGACGGGCGAGCCACUCAAGAACGCGUUGGUGGACGUCUGGCAAUGCUCAACGAAUGGCCUGUACGAGCAGCAAGAUCCUAAUCAACGAGAGUUCAAUCUUCGCGGCAAAUUCACCACCAACGACCAAGGCCAGUAUGCCCUAUACGGCAUCCGCCCGGUACCAUAUCCCGUACCCUCGGACGGACCUGCUGGCAAGCUCCUCCAGCUCCUCGAUCGACACCCAUUCCGACCCGCUCACAUUCACUACAUGACUAGUAAAGAAGGUUAUGCCACGCUAGUCACCCAGAUCUUCGAUCGAAAGACGAAAUACCUGGAUAACGACUCGGUUUUUGCCACCAAAUCCGAUCUGGUGGUGGACUUUGUCCCACUGAAAGGCAACCCGAAUGCCACUUUAGAUUUAGAGUGCAACAUUGCGCUGUCGCCGCUGCAAUCAUGA